AUGAAAACAACUGUUACUGGAGUUGAAAUGUUCCAUAAAACAUUAGAAGAAGCUCAAGCUGGAGAUCAAUUGGGUGCCCUUGUGCGUUCUAUUAAGAGAGAACAAAUUAAACGUGGAAUGGUUAUGGCAAAACCUUGUACAGUUAAAGCUCAUGACAAUUUGGAAGCUGCAGUGUACAUAUUAAGUAAAGAAGAGGGUGGUCGGUCAAAACCCUUCACAUCCUUUAUACAACUACAAAUGUUUUCUAUGACUUGGGAUUGUGCUACACAAGUAAACAUUCCAGACAAAGAAAUGGUAAUGCCUGGUGAAGACGCUACGUUACAUCUCCGUUUACUAAAGCCAAUGGUUUGUGAAGCGGGUCAAAGAUUCACUUUAAGAUUGGGAGAUUUGACAUUAGGAACUGGUGUCAUCACUAAAAUAAAUAAAAAUCUUAGCGAAGAUGACAGAAUGAAGCUCUUGGAAGGAAAGAAGGCACGAGAAAAGGCUGCAGCAAAGAAGUAG